AUGUCAGGGGAUACUACCCCAAUCCCACAUCAACCCAGCCGACCACCUAAUCCUACACCUAAUCAAAGUGAAAUUGAGUCAUCACCAAUAUAUCAAGCUCUGUCACUACGUUUGAUGAGAACUGAAAAUGCUUUAUCAACUCUAUCAACACAAGUAUCGCAAUUGACUUCUUUUAUCCAAACAUUACCUAAUAUACAAAAUGGUUCUCAAUCUCAUUCUCAAAUGAUAAAUACUUCACCUACACGAUCAAAGAAUACUAUUAAUCAUUCUUCAUCUUCUGUUUUCACCCCUUUCGAUGAUGAAUUACCAUUACCUUCCAACCUGGGCAUAGGAGGAUUAGGAAGUAAAUCUCAAAAUGGUUCAAUCAUUCCAAAAUCACCUUUUAUACCUACUUCAACAACCCAACCUCAAUCUCAAACACCUUCGUCCAAUUCCAACUCCAACUCGAAUGCGCAUAAUCAUGAAAUUGCAGCUUUAACCCAACAAAUCUCAGCUUUAUCGACCUCUGUAGCUCAAUUACAAAGAUUACAACAAUCACAAAAUUCAAAUAAUAUAAUAAGGCAAAAUUCAUCAAAUCAAACUUCUACUUUAUCUAAUUUGGGUAUAGGUAAUAUCGGUGGAGAAAGGAUUAAAACCCAAAAUCAAAAUCAAAAUCAAAAUCAAAAUCAACAUCAACAAAAUCAUUUGGCAUUAGGUAUACCAAGACCAUUACAUCAAGGUGUUGAGAGUUUGAUCAAUUCAAAUGGUCCAAUGACCACUCCAAACCAAUCUUUUGGAUCUCCAAGUUCAGGUAUCAAUAGUACGCCUAUCCCAGGAGGAGGAGGAGGAGGAGGAGGAGUUGGUGGUGGUGGUAUAAGACCAAAUAUGAAUAGAUCAUUCUCAAGUGGUGUAAUUGGUCAACCUUCGUCCCAACAUCCAAAUCCAAAUCCAAAUCAAGGUCACAACCAAGGUCAUACUCCCUCAGGUCUAAGAGAUUGGCAAAGUCAAAGUCAAAGUCCAGGUCCGGGUUCGAUUUCAAUCCCGAUGCAAACUCCAGAUAUAAUAAGAACCACGAAUAAUGGUCCGUUGACUCCAGGUGGUAACUCGAUAGCUCCAGGCGCUGGCAUAGUGAUCACCAAAUGGGAUCAUUUGAAUCUGAAAGUCGAUUUGUUGAGAUCGAUCUCGAAAUAUGGAAUCGGACCACCGAACAAAAUCCAGACUCGAGUAUUACCAUUCAUGAUUAAAGGAAAUGAUAUUAUUGCUCAAGCGCCUCCCACGACGGAGAGGAUCAUCUCAUACGUGAUACCCGCAUUACAUCUUGUUCAAGGCCUCCCACCUCCCACAUCGACAUACAACGGACCAGCUGUGAUCAUUAUAACCACGACUGUAGAUCAGGCUAUGCAGUGUCAUAAGCUCGUCAGAGGAGUCGGUGGCCCCUUAGGUAUUCGAUCCGGUGUGGCGGCAGGUGCUGCUGGCUCGUCCGGAAUGCAAAACGAAAUUGCAGCGAUGCAAAGAGAUGCUAUACAUAUUCUCAUUGGUACCCCCGCAAAGAUAGCUGAAGUCAUGAGCAGCAGAGGUGGCUUGGCGGGCGGAGAAUGUCGAUUGUUGAUUCUUGAUGAGGUCGACCAAUUGAUCGCUCGAAACCUCUACGAUAACGUACUGAAUGUUGCCAAACUUCUACCUGCUCCUCGACGAGGUAACGGUGGAGGCGCAAGUAUGACUGGACCGUUGACUCCAGGAGGAGCUGGACCGAUUGGCACACCAUUCUCGCCUGGUUUGACUAGUCCGUACGACGCAGGAAGAGACUCACCCUUCAACCCUGCAAGUAAAACUCCUUUCCCUUCGCAAGGUUCAAGAUUCGGUACUUCAGCAUCAAAUGUGACGUCCAAUACGAAUGGGGCACAAGGAGCUGGCUCGACUGUAAUAGAGAGACAGACCUGUCUAUUCUCCAAUACUAUCCCCACAGACGUCAUCAAUUUUUCGCAAUCGUUAUCAGUAAGGGAUCCAGUACGAGUACUUGUACGAAGAGAAGGUGGAACCAAUUCCCAAGAAUCAGUAUCUUCAGUUACCCCAGGAAUUAACCUGAAACACACCUAUGUAUAUCUUACAAUCACCGGCUCAGCUCAAGCUGGUAAUCCUCAACAAGUCGCUGAGAUCGGGCCGGGUACGAUAGGAUCGGGUAGGAAUCAAGGUGGACAGAAUGAAGAGCAAACAAGAGCGAAAGAAUAUAAACUAGAUACUUUGAUCAAAAUGCUGGAAGAUUAUCCAUUAUGGCAAGCUGUCAUUCAUGUGGGAACUUUCAGUACAUUAGAAGCUGUUGUGUUUAGAUUGCAAAAUAGGAAGUGGGAAACAUUGUAUCUUACACCCGACAUGCCGCCAUCACAAAAGAAAGCGAUACUUCAACAAUGGAGAAUAUCACUUUCAGGUAAUGGACCGAGAUUCUUGGUUGUUUUCGAUGUCAACAUCAAACCACCGGAAGUACCUUGGUCACCUCUAGUCAUCAAUUUUGACCUACCCAGAUCAGUAGAGGGAUAUGCUCAUAGAGCAGCGGCAGCCGUUCCACCAUCAACCAGACAAGGUGCACAGGUGAACGGUGUAGUUGUCAGUUUCGUACAAGCUGCAGGAGGCGAUGUUGAAAUGUUGAGGAGUACAGAAUGUGCUUAUAGAUUCAAGUCCGCCGAAAUACCAACUGUAUUCCAUGAUUUAUUCAACCAUUAA